AUGUCGCGCUGCCAGGCCGUCAUAAGGCCGCUUACUCGGCAGCUGCGGCCACAAUGCCACAGCGUUGUCCGCCCUUUCACCUCGUCCGCCAUCCUUCGAACACAAGCCGAUACUCAGACCUCCACGCCGAGCGAUGCAGACCUCGACCCCAACACGGUGCUGCCCGAAUUCGAGGAACAGUUGAUGAAAUCUGGAAAAAUGCCAAUUGGUUCCCGACGUCGUCGUCUGGCCAUCCGCAGCACAGGCGAUCUCCCAUUUGAGCAUCUUCCCUACCAGGCUUUCCAAGAGGCCCGUAAGAUCCUGGCGACGGAUCGUGAGGAGAAGCUGGGACAUAUUACCAAGGAACUUGAGAAGAUCUCCCGGUUGGAGGCUACAAAACCAGAGGAUCUCAAUGGUGGUCAGAAAAUGAAGGAUGUUAAACUGAAGAGUCUGCGGAAGCAUGUCGAACAGCUCAAGAUCUAUGCGGAUGCGAAUGAUCCCGUCGUUAAGAAGCGUUUUGAGGAUGGAACGGGCGAUAUGAACAAGCCCAUCUACCGUCACUACGCCGAGGCCAAGUGGCGCUCAUACGACCAACGUCUGAUCACACAACGUAUCAAGCAGUUCAAUAUCGUCCCCGAUGUGCUUCCCAAGCUCGAGCCCACCGCCGAUGUCCAGCUAUACUUCCGCAAGCUCAAGAUUCCUCCCGGCCAAAUUGUCGACAGUCUCGUCAGCGAAAACACUCCUCGUCUGCGUGUGCAGGUCUUUGACCAGGGCGAGCGUCUCGUCUCAGUUGUCGUCCUCGACUCUGAUGUGCCCAACCCUGACUCCGACACCUUCGGCAAGCGAUGCCACUUCCUCGCAGCCAACAUCCCCAUCAGCCCUACAGACACUUCACUACCAUUGAGUAAGAUAACGGCAAAGGACCAACUCGCUGUACCAUGGCUACCCGCAUUCUCGCAAAAGGGUGCACCUUACCACCGUCUCGGUAUCUAUCUCCUUGAGCAGGAGUCCGGUGUGAAGCUCGAUGUCGCCAAACUUAAGGAACUCUACAGCGAGCGAGAGGGUUUCUCACUCAAGUCAUUCCGCGACAAGUUCCGUGCCACACCUUUCGGUUUUAACAUGUUCCGAAGCGUAUGGGACGAAAACACCGCAGCCGUCAUGGCGCGACACAACAUCCCCGGUUCCGAUAUUGAGUUCCGUCCAACUCGCGUCCACAGUCUCAAGCCACCAGUCAAGCCCCGUGGAUGGGAAGCCAAGCGACAAGGACCCAAGUACCGUCACCUUUGGAAGUAUACCAAGAACAUCAAGGGCAUCUCCAACUCGAGGGGAUGGAUCAAGAAGAGGUAA